CGGGAAGGUCUGUGCAGAGUGGGCCGCAGGAGGGCGGCCCUCAAUCUUCACCAACAGCACUUAAACUGCUACCCUGAGCUUCCCAUCCACUUCCACUUUCCAUCACAACAAGUUCUCCUUCUACCCACCACCUACAUCAAAUCAAUCAAUCAAUCUCAUCAACAGCAAUCAUGUCCACCUUCUUCGACACCUGCAAGCGCAACUUCAAGGACGUCCCCGUCGUUGACGACAAGGUCUCCACUACCGAAUUCCUGGAAGCUUCCGAGAGUGUCGUGCAGCUUUUCGAUGUCCUCGGCUCCACUGCGUUCGUGCCCGUGCAGAGGGACAUGACUGGCAACAUCAAGAAAAUCCGCGACGCACAGCUCGCCCACCCUGCCACCUCCGGAACCCUCCAAGAAAUCGCCGACAGCGACCCCACUGCCGCCGAGGGGCUGCUGUGGCUGAACCGAGGCCUUGAGUUCACCUCCCUCGCACUCCGCAAAAACGUCGAUUCCAACGAGGAGUUGACGGCGUCAUUCACGAGCUCGUACAACGACUCGCUCAAGAAGCACCACAACAUGAUUGUGCGCGGCAUCUUCAGCGUCGCCAUGAAGGCGUGCCCCUACCGUGCCGACUUCUACAAGAAGCUGGGUGAUGACCAGGCUGCCGUCGAGACCAAGAUGAAGGAGUGGCUUGCUGCGCUUGAGAAGAUCGUCGGCAUCCUUAAUGUGUAUUUGGCUGCAAAGAAGAUCUAGAUGAUGGAGAAGCUUGAGGAUAUUCAAGUACCUAUCACGAUUGCUGGCAAAAGCUACAUAGCGGUUUAUCAUCAUCACAUCAGACCGAUCGGGGGAACCAACCGAAUGGAAUUGGAUUCGAAAGGAAUGGCAUUCAUUGCUCAAUUGGUUCCGUGAAGA